GGUUCGCUUCAGCUCGCGCUUGACCUGGCUCGCGAUAUUUGUCCGCACCAUCAUGAAGCUGACUGUCCUCUUUGGCGUGGCCGUGGCCCUGUAUGGCCUUGUGGGUUCAGCGCGUGCCAUGCCUUCCCCCGUGGCCGACCCUUACCCCGUGGCCGACCCUUACCCCGUGGCAGACCCUGAGCCGCUGGCAGACCCUUACCCCGUGGCCGACCCUUACCCCGUGGCAGACCCUGAGCCGGUGGCCGACCCUUACCCCGUGGCAGACCCUUACCCCGUGGCAGACCCUGAGCCGCUGGCAGACCCUUACCCCGAGGCAGAUCCUUACCCUAAAGCCGAUGCUGAAGAAGGAUGUUGGUGUUUCUUAUUUUGUAAAUGUGAUUAAGGGAAUUCAUGUUUGCUUUCAUUGAAAUGGCUGGAAUAUAAUCGUAAAUCUAAAUGUUACACGUGUUAAAGCAAACUUUUUAUUGGAUACAAAUGAUAAAAAUGGACAGUAUGAAGUAGUGAGAAGAAAGAUAGAAGUAGAGAGAAAUAAAAAGAUGAACAU